AUGAAGGUGUUAGUUGAUAGACAGAUCCAAGACACCUUUGCUCCGGUGAAACCUAUAAGUGCCAAUAAGAAGCAUCAGACUGCAGUAGCUAUUGUUGGAUAUGAUGAGCCACUAACGGUUCUCACCGAGUAUCCAAAACCAGGAAUAACGCAUCCACAUGAGGUUAUUAUCAAAAAUAGGUCUAUCGGAAUUAAUCCUGUUGACUGGAAGUGCCACCAAUUCAGGUUUGGGAUUCAUCAUUUUCCUUGGAUUAAUGGCAGAGAAAGCAGUGGUGUAGUCGAAGAGGCAGGGGAAGAUGUCAAAGAAUUUGAAAAAGGCUCAAAGGUGUUCAUCGUCAGCACAAUGUAUCGUGAUAAUAGAACUAGUACAUUUCAGGAGUAUGUUGCAAUGGACUCGCGUCUUGUCUGGAAACUUCCAGAGCAUAUAGGGUACAAUCAAGGUGCUGGCAUAGGAGUGGGGUUGGUCACUGCCACAAUAAUUUUGCUGGACUCUUUUGAACUUAGUUUAGCUGCGAAUUCUCAGCAUGGAAAAACAUUGCUUAUAUGGGGCGGAGCGACUGCGGUGGGUUUAUAUCUGACUCAGCUUGCGAGAUAUCUUGGAUUUAAGGUGAUUGGUAUUGCAAGUCCGCAAAAUCAAUCCUAUUUGGAAGAGCUGGGGGCUCAUACUUUGAUAGAUAGAAACUUGCCAUUGGAACAAAUUAUUGACAAAGUCUUUAGAACGGCUGCUCAUGUGGAGUUCGGGGUUGAUUGUGCUUCAAAGGAAAGCACAGAGAAUCUGGUUCGAAUACUAUCUGAAGUCAAUGACCAAAGAUUAAAAGCUAAGUUUUCUUCCAUUGUCUCAUCUAACGAGCCAGGAUCAGAUCUGGUUGAGAAACGAGAAGUAAGAAUAAAAAGAUUCCAUGAGGAUGUUGAGUUCGGCCACCAGAUUGUGAGAGAGACAUCAAAACUUCUUGAAGCGGGUAAAAUCAAGGCUGUCAGGACCAAAGAGUUUAGAGGUGGUAUACAAUCAGUUAUUGAUGCACUCAAUCUCUUGAAAAACAAAGGUGCCCAAGCAGAGCGUUAUAUUGUCGAGCUGGACAACUAA